AUAAAUAAUGCACUUUCAUGAGCUAGCAGAAUAAAAAUUGAUUAUUUGCAUGCUUGUGGUUGCAAUAAAUGUGAAUUGAAAUGAUUCUAAGUUGUGAAAAUAAAAAAUAAAAUAAAGUAAUGGUAAAAUUUUUAAAGUCCACAGGAAUAUUUACACAUUUGCAGAAUGAAAAAAAUCAGUAACAGUUUAAUAAUAAAAUUACAAUUAUUAAGCUUUUUUUAAACAGAAGUUAGUUUUUAAAAAAAUUGAACUGACGGCAAUAAUAAUGGGGUCAUAUUACAUUCUGUACUACUUUGGAAUGCGUGCCCUAGUUCGUAAAUUAAUCCUAUUACCAGACUGUUAUUUAUUGUCUCAUAAUCGCAUAUAAAUAUUCAACACCCCUAAGAAUGCUUACGAAAUAAUGUAACUUGUUAUUAUCGAUAUCAAAUUCUAUAUUUAAACACAUAUAGCUACUUUAUUCCUCAAAGUUGUUUGACAAAUUUUGUACUUUUUACCUGUUUUAACUUACAAUUUUACAUAAAAUUAAUGUUUAAAAGUUUACAUUUGUGAUUUUGCAUAUUAAAAUCUGUAAAAGUUUACAUUUAUUUAACUCUACUUAAGUGCUUGUUACUUCGCAGGUACAAUAAACGCUAUUUGUGAUAAGUAGUAACUUGCAUGGGAAAAUUUUUUAUUUACUUAAUAUAGGACGAUUUAAUUUAUCGUUUAUCUAGGAGAAAAAAUGGGUGUUAAAAAGCCUGGUCAAUUUUUGACGAUGGUGGAAUGUAAACCAAAGGAGUAGUGGUGCGUUGAUGCGUUAAUCGGUUGUGAAAUUUACAAUAUAACAAGGUCUUGACGUUCACUGUCUACAUAUCUACCUGUAUGGGAAAGAUGGAUUUUGUAGUUAGUUUAAAGUGAUAUUGAAAAUUAUAGAUAUUUAAAUUUGUGAUUUGUUUUGAUAUAUUUUAAAGAGGAAGAAGAAUGAGUUGGCUUAGAUCAAAAUCGUAUUCUCUGAAGGUCAGUUUGAAAAAGCUAGUGCAUUAAGGUAAUAACUCCCUAAACUUGCAUUGCAUUAACCGCAAUCAGCUGAAGUUAUAAUAGUCAUGUUGAACAUCAUAGUGUUUUUAAGAGGUUGGCAAGGGGAAGGUGAAAACCGAGAGGAUGGAUGUUAUAUUGAAGGGCAUUCUCUCUUCAAACCACCCCUACAAUAUCAAGAGGGACUUGCUUAUCAAGAUAGCUGAGAAGGGAUCAAGUUCCCAGUCAUCGGGGACGGUUCAGUCGGUACUUGAACUCACAGUUAAAUGGUUUCUGGAAGGAGACUCUGAUCUGCAGUGUGACUAUGGGUUAGAGAUUUAUAAAUCAUGGGCGCGGCAUAAUCUUGUUACUUUUGAAGAAUUCUUUAAUAAAGAUUACUUGCUAACCAUUUUGUCAAAGAAAUAUAGAAAUAGUGGGAAUGUUGGUAUUCUGUUAACAGAAAGCAUGAAACUUUUGCAGAGGACGUCGAUGUUUAGACAACAUUGUACUGUGAUAGAGGCGAAAGCUGUGAGCUAUGUGAAAGAACACCCGUACAUUGAGUGCUUGACAAACUUUGCAGAAUUCCUGCUAGAAUUCAAGGAGUGUGUGCCAAAAGGGGACUUGACUUUGCAUUUUUGUACAAACUUGAUUCUCUCCCUUAGUUUAUGUAGCCCUCCAGAAGUGGAGAGUGGUUUAGUAGUCUACAUCAAAAGUGCCAACACAGUUGCUUCCCUAUUGUCACAGAUCUGGAGCUCCUCUGAUUCACAGGUGGUUCUAGGCUGUUUAAAGGAGAUAUUCAGAAUAAUAUCAUCUCCCUGUGAUGUGGAACCAUCCGUAUGUCUCGGUUCCCUGGUUCAGUACCUACCCGUGGAAAUGAUUGGCACAGUUGUAAAGAACGUUAUAUCAGACUCGAGUAUCGACAACAAUAGCAUGGUUACGGCUAUACAGCGGAUUAUUGACUGGUUACAGUGGCCGACAGCACGUUUCGUUGACCAUUGGGUCAUAGCCUUCCUCAAAGGUCUUGCUUCUGUUCAGAAGUACAGCAUCCUGAUCACAGUCACAGAGAACAAAGCAGAUCAGAUAUUUGAGAAGUUACAGUUUGCCCCAGUUAGAGAACCUGGAUUAAACAUCAUCUGUCACAUGUUACUGAGCUUCCAGCAUUCACCUGAGCCUUUCCACAAGAUUUUACCAAUGGUUCCAAAAAUAGUUGGAGAAUGGAAAGCAGACAGCUCGGAGUUUUCGCAACAUCUUGUCACAAGACUCGCAGAAUUACUUCACGUUCUGAUGUAUCUACAUGGCGGCUUCCCUGAACUCUACGACCCUGUAUAUGAGGUUAUAAAGGUAUUCCCAAAACCGUCUCCCGAUGUUAUCAAAUUCAAAUUACUGGAGUCAAAGUGGACAGCACAUCGUGAUGGACAAGCAUACGUUCCCAGAUCAUACCAGCCGAAGGCAGAAAUGGGAAAAACAGGGCUGUUUAACCUUGGAAACACAUGCUAUAUGAACAGUAUAAUACAGGCACUAUAUAUGUGUGAUAGUUUCCGCAAUGGUUUACUACAGCACCAGCCGUCACUUGAACAAUCGUUGGUUGUGAAGUUACAGUAUGUGUUUGCUUUCCUCAGUCUCUCACAGAGACCAGCUUAUGCCCCAGUUAAUUUCCUGGCUGCUUCCAGGCCUGUAUGGUUCACAGCUGGUUUCCAGCAGGACUGUUCAGAGUUUCUCAAGUACCUGCUAGAUCAGCUUCAUGAGCAGGAAACUAAAUACCUUACAGCUAGUAGAAGUCCUAAGUCUCCGAGUAAGGAGAAAAGGAAAUCAGAAUCUACAAAACCGACAUUGAUUGAAGAAAAUUUUGGAGGUACUAUGAGCACAACUCUAACGUGUUUGAACUGUAAAGCUGAAUCGAAAAAGGAAGAAAUGUUCAUGGAUUUACCCCUUGCAUUCCCAGACUACAAUUCAACCAGUCAAAAAUCCCUUGCCGGUGGCGAUAGUAAGAUGUCCACACGUUCACAUACUACUACAAGCACGGCUCCAAGGCCAACAACGAGUGUUCCGCCUGAGGAGAUGAACUGUUUACAUUUAAAUGAUCUGUUAAAACAUUAUUUGAAACCUGAAAAACUGGUCGAUGAUAACAAAUAUUUCUGUGAUAAUUGUGGCGGGCUUCAGGAAGGGGAGAGAAAAAUUAAAAUUGUGAAGACGCCAGAAUAUCUCAUCCUUACUUUGCUCAGAUUUUCUUAUGAUACAAAACUUCAGUCCCGUUCAAAAAUUUUCAGAGAAGUAAAGUAUCCAAAGACAUUACUUAUUCCAGUAGAGGAUGAAGCACGAGGUGCAACCUCAGAACGAAGGAAAAGAUGCAAUUCGUUACGUUCCUCGGUCGCAAACCAGUUAGAAAAAUGUGGUUUAGAUAUGGAUGUAGACUGUGCAGACGUUUACUCUCUGUGUUCAGUAGUGGUGCAUUCUGGGACAUCAUCAGACUGCGGACAUUACUAUUGUUAUGCAAGACAUUCUGUUAUUACGAAUUCAGAAAAUGUGCAGGCAAAUAUGCAGGACUUUUCACACGAAGAUGAGAUUGACUUUCUGCAAGAUAAAUGGUAUCUGUUUAACGAUAGCCGUGUGUCGUAUGCCAGUUAUAACUCGUUCUGCAAUGUGAGUCAGCGUUUUACCAAGGAUACAGCAUACGUAUUGAUGUACAGAAAAAUAGAUGCAGAGAAAAUUGGAGUUGACUACAAGAUUGGGUUGGAUCAGUGGAUACAGCCGACUAAAAUAGAUGCUCCGCUGAGGUCUGAUUUGAGAGCAGCUGUUGUAAAAGACAACAAAAUUUACCUACAAGAACAGGAAAAUGCUGCAGCCAAAAAUUCGAGUCGGAAACGUCCCAAUGAUUCCACAUGGUAUAACUGGAAAGACGACGAUGAUAAAGGGGGCACAGGACCAUGUGGAGGUGGGGGAGGCAGUCUUGGAGACCUUGAUACAUCUGGGGCAAGAUUUGUCUUCUAAACACGUCAGAAUUUGAGGAUUUCAAAAGCAGAGAAGGGCCUCAUAGAACAAUUAGAGAAAGAAUAGGAGCAUCUGUUUAUAAACACUUUAUUGUGGAAAAAUGAUGAGGUGCCACUGUCAUCAACAGCUGUAGGAUAUUAAAGAAAUGUGUGGACACCUCUGUGUAUCAGAAACUACAGAUAACAGUGGGUCAUGGGGUAAAGAUAAAAAUUUAUGUACCGGUACAGCGGCAUUUGUAUAAAAAUUUCGACCAUCUCAAUUGAAGAGGAAACUAAAAACCUAUUAAAAAGUUUACGUGCUUCAUUUGUUCUCCUUAUGGAGAUCUCAGAUUAGAUGGAGAGUAUCUACUUUAUAUAGGGCAAAUGUGUUUAAACUUUGUAGUGAUACACAAGAUGUAUAAUUAUCUGUAACAAUGUAUGGAAAUUGAUGUCUUAAAUUUCUAUUGAAAUAAUGGGAAAAUAUUUUAAACAUUGAAAAACAGUUUGUGUAUGACAUUUUACUGAAUUAUUUAAAGUGUGAUAGAAAUUUUAUAAACAUUCUGUUUAUGAAUUAUGCAUGAAUACAUCCAAGGAUUUCCUUUGAAUUUCAAAUUGUAAGCAUAAUUUACCAAAAACAGCAAUUUUCAUAAAAUUGACAUGAAUUCAAAAUUUGUAUAAUGGUGUUCUCUUUCCUGUUACAAUGUGUGUAAUCUAUUCACAUUAUCAUAUACAUU